CUCUCUGAGCGACCAAAUUUUUCCAGAUUCUUUAUUCGUUUUUUCUCGAACCUUCAUCGAGAUCGCGUGUCCGCAGCCGUCCACCGACACCCAAAUCGAUAUUUUCUGCUGCUUGUUGUUCCGAAAUUUUGCCGAUUGAGGCAUCAGAAUCUGUAAUCGAUCGAUUACAGGGCCUGUAUUGGUUGAAUUUGGAAAUUUAGUCGCAUGAACUGGUUCGGGAAGCUGGGUUUAUUCUCCAAUUUGAAUUCUGAUCACUUCAUUACUUGUUUGUUAAAUUUUCAUCCUCCAUUUUUCACCUCAAUUUCGUUCUUCUCUGUUUCAAUCUGAGAAGAACACCGUGGAGUGGUCAUUAAUUAAUAUUAAUAGUAAUACCGAUUUUAGUAGUGGAAUAUCUUCGCAAUAUGGACUCUCGAAAGAGUAAUCCCCAAAUACGCAGAGCUCUUUGCUAUGCGAAUGUUAAUGGGCAGCAGGAGAGGUCACCAUCUGUUAUUGUCAUAGGUGGUGGAAUGGCUGGGAUCGCUGCUGCUCGGGCACUUCAUGAUGCCUCAUUUCAGGUUGUUCUCUUGGAGUCACGGGAAAGACUGGGGGGCCGAAUUCACACUAAUUACUCAUUUGGUUUUCCUGUUGCUGGGGCAUCAUGGUUGCAUGGAGUAUGCAAAGAGAAUCCGCUGGCUCCAGUGAUUGGGAGGCUGGGGCUCCCCUUAUAUCGAACUAGUGGGGAUAACUCUGUCCUAUAUGACCAUGAUUUGGAAAGCUAUGCUCUCUUUGAUAUGGACGGAAAUCAAGUUCCCCAAGAAUUAGUGAAAAAAGUUGGUGAAGGAUUUGAGACAAUUUUGCAAGAGACUGAUAAUGUAAGGAAGGAAUUCAGUGAAGACAUGUCUGUGCUCCGUGCUCUUUCAAUUGUUUUUGAAAGAAAGCCUGAAUUAAGGUUAGAGGGGCUUGCCCACAAGGUACUUCAGUGGUAUUUAUGCAGAAUGGAGGGUUGGUUUGCUGCAGAUGCUGAUACCAUAUCAGUGAAAUGUUGGGAUGAGGAAGUGCUGCUCCCUGGUGGCCAUGGUCUUAUGGUUAGGGGCUAUCUCCCUGUUAUACAUACCCUUGCCAAGGGUCUUGACAUUCGUUUGGGACACAGGGUCACGAAAAUAACAAGGCGAUACAAUGGAGUAAAGGUGACAGUGGAAAAUGGGAAAACAUUUGCUGCAGAUGCUGCUAUUGUUACUGUUCCUCUGGGGGUGCUCAAAUCAAAGAGAAUCAAGUUUGAGCCCAAGCUCCCUGACUGGAAAGAAGCUGCCAUUGCUGAUCUUGGGGUGGGGAUUGAGAAUAAAAUAAUUUUACACUUUGGAAAUGUUUUCUGGCCGAACGUGGAGUUCUUGGGAGUAGUUGCAGAGACAUCUUAUGGAUGCAGUUACUUCCUUAAUCUCCACAAGGCAGCAGGCCAUCCUGUCCUUGUAUACAUGCCUGCUGGGCAGCUGGCCAGAGACAUUGAGAAAAUGUCCGAUGAAGAAGCUGCAAAUUUUGCUUUCACGCAACUGAAGAGGAUACUUCCAGAAGCUUCCUCACCGAUUCAGUAUCUUGUUUCUCGGUGGGGCACAGAAAUUGACUCACUAGGUUCUUAUAGCUAUGAUGUGGUUGGAAAACCCCAUGAACUGUAUGAGAGAUUAAGAGUCCCGGUAGACAACUUAUUCUUCGCAGGGGAAGCCACAAGCUUGAGCUACCCUGGGUCUGUGCACGGUGCAUAUUCCACUGGAAUGAUGGCUGCUGAAGACUGCAGGAUGCGGGUUCUGGAGCGUUAUGGCGAGCUAGAUUUGUUCCAGCCGGUGAUGGGCGAGGAGUCAUCAGUUUCCAUCCCACUUCUGAUCUCUCGUAUGUAAACUAAUCCUACAUCAGAACUUGGUCAACACUUCAGUUCUGUUGUGUUUGGCUUGAUUUUGAGGGAGGUAUAAAUCUGUGUGUCGGUGUUUGUCGUUCAUGGUAUUGUGUAGUGCCUUUGUGGUCUCUUAGUUGUGAACUGAUUGUAUUAUAUAUGUAUUCAAUAGGUCUUGGCAUUCCUAGGCUUGGAUUGGAUGGAGGGAAAAAUGGAAGAAAAUAGAGAGGAGAGAAAACUAGGAGGGGAACUUUUUAAAAAUAGUAAAUUUUUUUUUUUUACUAUAUUUAGGAGCGUUUUCUCGUAGUUUUCCUUCUUCCUUAUAUUUUUGUCCAUCCAAAUGAAGGCCUAGGGUUUGUGUCAUGCCUCAUGGAAGACUCAAAAAUGCAUCUUUUCUUUUGUUUCAGGAUGUAGCUGUGUUUUUUUGGGCAUUUUAGAACGAUGGAUACUCUAUGCUAUUUUAGUUAUGAAUAAGCUUUUAGUAUUGGGAGA